AUGUACAACCUGAUCCUGAGGAACUUGCUUGUAUUGGCAGUUGGCGAGAACUCCGUCGUCCUUUUUAGCUGCGUCAACACUGUCGAGACGAUCGGUAACCUCGUCAUAGCGCCAAUCAUUGCUCAGUUGUUCAAGUUCGGGUUGCAUUUAGGAGGCGUCUGGGUGACUAUGCCAGUGAUGAUUGGCAGUGGCUUUUCCGUCCUCGGGCUUCUGAUACUUGGUCUUAGAGGUAGCUAA